CUGUUUCGACAAAAACUACGCUCUUUUACACCCAACAAACCUCUUAAUUAUCAACAGGUAAGAUUUUUAAUUUAAAAAGUGUAUUCUGAAUGAGAAAAAAAUCUGAAAUGGUGAUUUUUGAUAAAAAGUUCUGAUUGUCAUAUUGAAAUGUGAAAAUCUGAGACUUACGUUUAAAAAAUUACAAUAAAAACCACAUUUUCCAAAUGAUCCCUCAAAUUGUGUUAUUUUUCAGUGGUCUCGUCGUCGUAUCAUCGUCUCUUUUGUUCUUUUCUUCGUCGGUUGGAAAGCUUUUGGCUACACACUCAACGAUAUGUUCUUAUGGACUGUUGAUGAAUCAACUCUUCAGGGUCGAUUCUUGACACCAGAAGAAGGAAAACAGCGAAGGUAUGGGAUUUUUUGAAAGAAAAUUCGGGGAAUUUUAAAUCUGAAAUUGAUUUUCCGUGUGAAAAUAGAGGAGUGAAAAGCUCUAAUCCUCACGCUGAAAAUCACUCAUUUUGACAUAAAAAUCUUAUUUUUUACUGGUAAAAGUUAUCGCAAUUGACAAUCCUCUAAUUUUCGAUGUUCCCCAAAUUUAAAUUUCACCAAAACUAUCCCCUUGUGUAUUUCAGAGAAGCGAUGGAACGACAAAAAGAUCUCGAACGACACCACAAAAAUUUUACUGUUUUAAAUUCCCCCUCUUCUUCUUCUUCGACCCCCAAAUUUGAUCUUGAUGAUUGA